GAAAGUUACAGAAUGGUAUACACUGCUCGUCAAAGAGAUAUAUUAGAGAUGGAAUAUAGAAGCAAAGAGUUUAUUGAUCGAAAGGAUCAGAUUCGGAUCGCGGAAAAAACCGGAUUAGAUGAUCGUCAAAUUAAAUUUUGGUUUCAAAAUCGCAGAGUCAAAGAUAAGAAA